GCCCCAUCCGGACGCCUCCCCCUCCAGCUCGAUACACAGAGACGGGAAGCGGCAGCACGCUAUUCAAAGCACCUCCUCAGUCAAGGCUUAUGGCAAAUUUGGCCUUUUUCCUUUCUCCUAUUGGUACCCCCAUUACUCUUUAAAAAUUCCGCCGAAAAAGAGAAGACGAUUUACCCAAAAAAUUUGGCCGUUACCUCACGGCACACCCCAUUCUGUGCAGGUGUACAACUACCCAGAAGGCCUAGGGGCGGCGCUCUACAGGGAACAAUUCGACUUCAACGCCGAGCCGCCUUGGGACCCUAGCUGAUAGUGGGAGUGGUCUAUCUCCUGACUUGUCCAUUUUGUUGCGUAUACCUAGGACUCCCAACGGCUCAGGGCUUCGAUUAUACAACUCUUUAUGAUUUGUUGGAUUUGCGGAAUACGGUUGAGAUGAAAGGAUUUGCUGACGAACCAAACUACUCCAUUGAACUGCUGCAGGGGGGCACCGCCCUCUGUGAUGUCAUCGACAGCCACAUCUACGAGCAGGCCCUGGCUGAAAAGAAUGCAUUUUUUGUCGCUGACCUUGGGGUCCUCGUGCGACAGCACUUCCGUUGGCAGACCAGUAUGGCUCCCAUACAGCCCUACUACAGUGUCCGGUGCAACAGCAGUCCUGCUGUCGUCGAGGUCCUGGCUGCUCUUGGCGUUGGCUUCGUUUGCUCCAACAAGAAUGAGUUGGUACUCGUGCAGAACUCCGGCGUGGCCCCUGAGAACAUCAUCUUCUCUGGUGUCUGCAAGCAGCUGUCCCACCUCAAGUACGCCGCCAAGAACGGCGUCGACACCCUGACCUGUGACAACGAGACUGAGAUGCGCAAGAUCGCCCGAUGUCACCCCGGUGCCAAGCUGCUGCUGCAGAUCGCCGCUGAGGCUCCGGGUGAAGUUGAGGCCACCAGCAUGACCUUCGGUGCCACGCUGAAGGGCUGCCGCUCUCUCCUGGAAUGUGCUCAGGAGCUGGGCAUGCAGGUCGUUGGAGUCAAGUUCCACAUCCCCAGCUCCUGCCGGGAUGUCCAGGCGUACACCCACGCGGUGGCGGACGCUCGCUGCGUAUUCGACAUGGGGGUGGAGUUUGGCUUCGACAUGAACAUCCUAGACAUUGGAGGAGGUUUCUCUGGCUCAGAAGACCAGCUGGAACAGAUCCGCGGCACCAUUCAGCCGCAGCUAGAGAGAUACUUUUCUCCACUGUGUGGCUUCUCCGUCAUCGCCGAGCCGGGGGCCUUCUACGUUUCGCCCUCCUUCACCCUGGCCGUCAACGUCAUCGGCAAGAAAGUGGUGGCCAGGGACCGGUGCGGGCGGCCCUGCGAUGACCUGUCGCCAAACGACGAGCCGGAGUUCCUGUAUUAUAUGAACGAUGGCGUGUACGGGUCCUUCUCCAGCAAACUGUUGGAUGAUGCCAUCCCGGCACCGUCUGUGCACAAGGCCCCCCUGGUGGAGGAGCCGCUGUUCUCCAGCAGCCUCUGGGGUCCCUCAUGCGACGCCCUGGACCAGGUAGUAGACCACUGCCUGCUGCCCGAGCUCAGUGUGGGGGACUGGCUCCUCUUCAGGAACAUGGGGGCUCACAGCGUGGGCGAGCAGGCCACCUAUGCCAGUGUGGAGAGCCUGCCCGUCUACCACGUCAUCUCAGAGCACGAUUGGUAUGAGAUGCAGGAUGCUGGAAUCGGCCUGGACACGCCCAUGAGGAGCCUCUUACUGGGCCCGUACUCCUUCCAGUUUAACCAGCAGGAGGACGCCUUCUCCACCCCAGCUUAGACCUACGUCGGUGUCGUGGGGAUGGGGAUGGGGUUGGGGGUGGAGUAGGGUUUCUGCGAAGCCGGUCCGGUUGGCAUUCCAAGAGAAGAGCCGGCUGCUGUAGGACACUUGUUUUUUUUGUAAUUAAAUGGUAGAAGGGUUUUACUGGGACCAGUCAUAGUGUGGUGACAAUAUUCAUUUUUCAGCAUCACCAUAAAGUUGACCGGUAUCUGUAUCCGGUUCCCCCCCAAACAGCUAACCCCCUGUUCUGUAGUUAAAAAAAGAGAAAAUAUGCAACAAAAUGGACGACUCUGUAGAGAUGGCCCAUCUCUGGGUUUCCUACUCAACUGCAGUUUAUAUACAUGUUCAGUUUAUUUAAUUUUAUUUCAUAUCUAUAUAUAAAUCUAUAUAGAUUACAUUUUGCCAGUCUUGUACAUCAGCUGUCUGCCCUACUGGAGCAGUUGUUUAUAGAAAUGCCAAGAUCUGACUUCAAGUGAUUUUAAAUGCAAAAAUAAAUGUAAAUUUGUGCUUUGAGUGGUAGCUUUAGUAGAGACGGUGUUCCAUUCGUGCUAUGGAGCCUGAUCCAGCCAUGUUGUAAUUGCAAUAAAUACGUACGUGGGUGUGUUAUUUAUCUAUUUGGGUUUUGACACGGUGGCGGCGUGCGCGUCGAGCUCCUGCGCCGCGCGGCUGCAGAAACAGGCACGCUUUGCUGUGUUUGUGAGGGUCGUUACGGUCCUACGGGGGCUGGGGGAACUGCUCUCCACUCUUGUCAUUUCGAGCUUGGAGCGGGAGCUGAAUCAAUCCAGCCAAAAUAUUAGCAGUAUGCUUGUGGUGCUUCAAUUAUGGUUAUCUAACAACUGAGCAGGUCUACAGGGUUGUAUGCGAGUAGCCCUGUAGCGUCUAUGGUCGUGGGUUUUUUGUGGCUAUAUUCGGCCAUUGCACAUCGCUCCCGGGCAUCAGGUUAGCCGCAGAUCCUGUCCGCUCCCUCGCUUCCAGGCCCGGCGACUGCUACGUAAACCUCUCGCGCUGUGAGUGCCUGCGACUCUGCUGCAAACAAAACAAAACAAAAAUGUGCUCAUACAAGCAUAAGGAAACAUCUCUCCUGUUCACUUCUCGUUUGGCUGGAAGUCGUUCAGGUUGAAGGUCAUUCUUGAUGCCCCACCUCAGGCUUCCCCGUCGCUGCUAGUGUUCAGGAGCAACGUGUCCCGGCGCAUCAGAAUUAACGCUGUCAUUUGAAGAGCCGCUUCUUUCAUAACCCUUUCCUUGAAGAGACAAGCCUGCAAGUGCGUACAUCUUUAGCUACAAUGCUAAUGGUUGUAAGCUGUUGUCAAUCAGUCCAUUGUGUUCGUUUAAUGGAAGUGAUUAAUACACCUUUGACUGAAAUGUGCAGUGCUUAUUUUCAUUCUCCUUUGUGACAGCCAUAUUUUCUGUUAGCCUAAUGACAAAGCGUUCACAUUCUGCAAAAAGGGCUUUUCUGUUGUAUGAAAUAAACAACCUUCCGUUUCUGA